AUGGCCAUUGAGUUCACCCACAUCCCUCUUGACGUCGAGGGUAUCAACCUCAACCUAUCAACGAUCCACAACUUCAAUUCGAGUCCACCAGUUCUCUUCCUGCACGGCUUCGGCUCUAGCAAGGAGGAUCUCGCCGAUUUAACCAUCCAGCCAUUUCUCAAGCAUCAUAGCUUUCUCGCCUACGACGCCCCAGGCUGUGGCCAUUCGGCGUGCGGUGACCUCUCUAUCAUAGACAUUCCGUUCCUGGUGGCAACUGCAGAAGCGGUCCUCGCCCACUUCAAAAUCAACAAGUUCCAUCUAAUCGGCCACUCAAUGGGAGGGCUAACCGCUGUGCUCCUUGCAAGUCGUCACCCCGAGCGUGUUCUUAGUUUCGUGGAUAUCAAAGGCAAUCUUGCACCGGAGGAUUGUUUUCUCAGCCGGCAAACUUUCACAUUCCCGGCCGAUAACGAGGAGGCCUUCAUGGAUGCGUUUAUUGAGCGGACGCGCUCGUCCGGCUCGUUCGCUAACGCCAUGUAUGCUAGUACACUGCGCGCGAGGGUUAGGCCCGGUGCUGUUCGGUCUAUUUUCACGUCAAUGGUACAUUUUACUGAUCACGGGAACUUGAUGGAUAAGUUUCUGGCUCUGCCAUGUCCGCGUAUGUUCAUGUUUGGCCAGGAGAUGCGAGGGUUGUCGUAUUUGCCUCUGCUUGAAAGGGAGGGGGUUGAGCUCGCGGAUAUUGUGGACUGUGGUCAUUUCCCUAUGUACUCCAAUCCCGUGGAGAUGUAUCGCCGUAUCACGAUAUUUCUCAACCGGUGUGGGUAA